AAUGUAAAGACAGGCUUAAUAACUGUGCAAAACUCAUCGCAAAGAACAAGGAUUACUGYGAAAACUAUGUAAAUUAUAUGAAAGAGUAUUGUCGCAAGACGUGCAAUUUUUGCAGUCCAACUGUAGCCAUCCCUAAAUGUAGAGAUAAACGCAAGCGUAAAUGCAAACGUUACGCGAAGUUCCAAGGGUAUUGCACAGUUUACAAGGAUUACAUGUCAGARAUGUGCCCAAGGUCUUGUAGAUUCUGCGGUGUAGCUGUAGUAAACAAGAAGAUAGCCUACAAGGUUUACAAUGAGAAAUACGAGUUUGCAAUCAAGACAAUGUGGGACGGCUCCCCCAUCAAUCACGACCCUAUCAAGAUCAAACUAAGUGCUGAAGAUAACCUUAAUGUACGCCUGGAAGUAAGUGGACCCUUUUUUGAUCAGCCAGGAAAGCCCCCGUGCUUGGCAGGGCAGCCUUGCUGGAGACUCUGGGAAUAUGAAGUUGCGGAGGUAUUUUUCCUUGGAGACAAACAGAAAUAUUUGGAGCUUGAGGUCUCACCCCAUGGCCCACAUCUGUUGCUUCUUCUUGAUGGAGUACGCAAGCCUUUCAAGACUAAGUUACCAAUGAGGUAUUCAGCAACGAUCGAUAAUAUCAAGAAGACAUGGAAUGGUACAGCGAUUGUGCCCAUCGAUUACUUCCCACCCAACAUGAGAAAGAUCAAUGCUUAUGCUAUUCAUGGKCCUGACAAUAGUAAAGUGUACCAGGCGCUCUACCCGGCCAAAGGCACUCUACAUCCUGACUUCCAUCAGCUWAAGUUUUUUCAAGACUUUGAUUUCAAGUCGAUGUUUCCACAAGCAUGGACUGCACAACCAAUGUCUCCAUUCUGGGUUGAUAGGAACUAGCUGCUGCACUUCAAUAUUAUUUAAACAACUCUAAGACAUUCAAUUAAUGUCUUGCUUCAACAAUAUCUGUCGAGAUAUGCUACAAAACAAUAUAAGUAUAUAUAUAAAUAUAUAUUCAUUAAAAAGACUCUUGAUUCUUUUUCAACUUUUUCAAAUUGGGAUGCCUGUGGUAUAGAAUUUUUGGUCCAUGGGCUUCCUGUGGUAUURAUCAAUGCUCAAGCAAAGAAUAAAAUUGUCAAGCUCUUUUUGGUUCUUUUUAACUUUCUUUAGAUAUUUGUAAAAGAGGUCAAUAUAGUAUAAUAAAAUGAAGAAAAGGAAAAAA